GUUGGGAGAAGGGAGUUAUAUUCCUUGGUGGUGUACCACUAGCAAGUUGCCCUUGCUCAAGUACAUGAUCCCUUCUGUGUUCAUGCAAACAGCCUUGUAUGAUCAUAAGUAUCUUGGGAGAGGGAAGGGUUUAUUUCAGUUUGCAGUUCCAUGCAACAGUCCAUCACUGAGAGAAGUCAGGCAGGACUGAAGCAACAACAAUGGAGGAGUGCUGCUUACUGGCUUGCUCCCUAUGGCUUGCUCAGCCUGCUUUCUUAUAGCACGCAGGACCACCACCCCACAGUGAGCUGGGUCCUCCCAUAUCAAUUAUCAAUCCAGACAAUGCACCAUAGGUUUGUGCACAGACCAGUCUGGCAGAGGCAUUUUCUUAAUUGAGGUUUCCCUUCCCAAAUAACUCAGUCAAGUUGCCAUAAAAAUUACCUAGUAUAGUGGUACACACCUGUAAUCUCAGCAUUCUAGAGUUGGAGGCAGAGGUCAAGCUCAUUCUGGGCUAACCUGGGCUACUUGAGACCUUGCCUUAAAAAGAAAAAAAAGUUGGGCAGGAGUAGGGGGACUAAAGAGAUUACUUAGUAGUUUAACAGAGCUGAGAGGACAGGACUUUGUAAGGUGACCUUAAGAAAGAACAGCAGACCUCAGCUGCCUAACUUCUUUAAAGACAACCCUGCCUUGCUCAUCAGUGUCUCCAGCCCUCUCCUGAGGGUAUGUGAGGGGGCUGCUCCACAGCCAGUGGUCAGGCAGACCCGUCCUGCUGGGGACAGUAAGACACAAGUAGUUUGUAGCUGACACGUCCAUCUCAGUAUAGUCUGAUGACAAGGCAGCACUCUGUAAGGCCUUGGUACACAGCCAGGAACACAACUGCCAGUGCGCACCCCGAAAGAAGAUGGCUAACUCUGAAACAAGCUCCCUUCCUUACCCCUCCGGGGGCCACUGCACCCGUUACCUAUGAAUGCUGUGUGUGGAGCAAUGCCAAUUCGUGGUUCCUUACGUCAAUCCUCCUCUGGCUCAUAGCUCUACCUGCUACAGGACAGUCCUGGCUACUCUAAAUGCUAAAUGAAAAAAAAAAGGAAGAAAACAACAAAACCCCCUUGAGCCAUUUCAGAUACUUGAGACUGACUGCUAAGGGCAAGAGGCCACUCUGCUGGGACCCUGGCUAGUGGGCAUUCUAGAGCCUUGAGGGUGCCUCAUAUUGCUGGUCUCUCAGAUGCUUCAGCAAGAGCCCCCUUCCCUCUGCAACAGAUUUUAAUUGUUUUACUCUUAUUUAAUGUACACUGGUUUUUGGCUUUUGUUUUUAUAUCCAUUGUAAGAUGGCUAUGUCUUGGGGUGGGGGGGGGAUGUACCUUUGGGGAAACAAUUACAGUUUGUUUCUCUGAGAAAGAAAGGAAGGAAGGAAGGCUGUGUGGAAAAUAAGAAAACAGAUUCAAAAGACUAGUGAAAAUAAGAAGUUUGUUUGUUUUUAUUUUUUGAGCCAGGGUUUUUUUUAUGUAGCCCUGGCUAUUCUGGAACUCACUCUGUAGACCAGGCUGGCCUCCAACUCAGAGAUCAGCUUGCCUUUGCCUCCCAAGUACUGGGAUUAAAGGUGUGCACCACCACUGCCCAGCUAACAAAGCCGUUUUUAAUGUACCAUCCUGUAGACAGGACACUAGCAUAGAGAAAAGGCAAAAAUGGCCUCCUGCUGUUUUGACAACAGACAGUGGUUUUUAAAGUCCCCAUAAUCACAAGGAAUUCCUGCCACCUUUUCCUUAAGGCUGGGACUUACCUCCUCUGUAAAGUCCCCACUCAAUUAGUUCAGGACACAAAGCCUUAUCUAAUGAAUAACUUGGGGCUUGAGACUGCCCCUUUUCUGACGGGGGACUGUGUCAUGCAGCAGGCUGCCCUUAACUUUCUAACUCUCAGAGUUCUGAGACUCCUGGGCACCAGAUGCCAGUUUGGGGAGAGAGAAGUUGAGCGCCCUGUUUAUCUGAUGGCCCUCUGAUGAACUCUGAGCCCACGCCGUACUGCAAAUGGACUAUAACAAUUUAUCUCUUCCAACGGGAGGCAGUCACAAUAAGUCUACUAUUAGUUCCACAAGACAAGAUUGGAGGAAGGAGGGCUGCGAAUGCGCAGGUCUGCAAAGAAACGUGGUAAGCCAGCUCAAAUGAAAACUAGCUCUUUAAGAACCCAGCGGCUACAGCCUGGUUACUGGUUAAUCUACCUGGCUUAGCUUUGGAAGCGUCCACCCAUGAUGAUGUCAUCGCCGAUCAGGUUACUCAGGUGGUGUGAGUUGGCCAGCGCCAGCUGUGGAAUGAAGAGAAGGAAGUCUCCAGAAACCUGUGCUGGUGGCCCAGGAGUCAGACGGUAUGCACUUCGCAGGAGCUGGAAAGCCUCUGAUUAAAUUCAGGCACUGCGAGAGGUCCAUCUACAGUUUCAGUGUACCCCAGUGCUGCCCCCUGUGCCAGGGGGACGUGGGCUCCACCAGGAUAGAGGACGCACCUAUCAGCAUCUCAGACCCGUUCUCCAAUGGGCAUCAAGAGAAAUGCUCCUUCCUCCUCAAACCCACGAGAGGGACGUUCCUUAGGGAGUACGAUGGAAAGUCUGAUCUGCACGUUGGACUCACUAACACACGCGGGAUCGUGUAUAAUUACAACGCACACGGCAUACAGCGUGACGAGGCGGGAUGGGAGCAGAGUCUCAGCGUUCCCCUAGUGCAGCCCAGCAUGUUUGGACUGAUGGACCAGUGGGACAAGUACUUGGAAGACUUCUCUGCUUCGCCGGCCUGGCUGCCUCACAGGUAUGACGAGAACCACCACAACUGCUCCAGCUUUGCCCUCACCUUUGUUAACUGUGUCCUCGCCAUGGAAGGCAAAGAGCAGCUGGACAAGAGGGAGUUCACGGAGAAGUACGUGAUCCCGAGGACGCGCCUGGCCUCCAAGUACAUCACGCUCUACAGGGCCAUCCAGGAGAGGGGCUUCCACGUGGCUGACCAUCCCCACCCAGUGACAAGCCCCUCUUGAGCAGUCUGUGCUGAAGGCUGUGUGUGAGGAUGGUUGGGACAGGACAUUCAGGUUUUCUACCUUUAAGUGGUACUGCAGAUGUCUAACUGUAUUUAACUGUGGCUAAUAAAAAAUGUGUAUGGUUUUCCUUUAA